AUGAAUGUAACUGAAGGCAGUUCUCCUGCUCCAAUAAAUAGUUCUGAUAACCCAAUAAAAGAUCUAGUAAAAGAUGCAGAUACUGGCGAAAAUGCUUUACUGAAAUUUUCUUUACUCACAGCACAAGGUGUGAGUAUUCCAUUGGCUAUCAACAAUAGUACUGGUGAAAUAUCUACAACAGGUAUUUUAGAUCGUGAAGAUAGAGAAGUUUAUGAUUUGUAUGUCAUGGCUACUGACUCUGGUGAUGAGCCACGAUCAGCUAAUGCUGAGGUUAAGAUAACAGUUGUAGAUAUUAAUGAUCACGCUCCAACAUUUACACAGAAAAACAUCUCCUUGAGUUUUCCUGAAGAAUCUUAUCCAGGAUGUUUUUAUGAGGCUAAGGCUGAUGAUUUGGAUAUUGGUAUAAAUAAAGAGAUACAUUAUACAACAAGUACUACAGAUACACAAUUAAUACAGGUGAUGAGUAAUGGUAGUGUGUGUAUAAAAAACAACCAAAGUUUGCCACUUGGUACAUUUACUGCUAUAGUUGUAGCUUAUAAUAUUGUACCAUACGUCUGUAUGCCCAACCAAUGUGAUAAUGGCACCAUGUCUAUUCUCAUUGACGUCACUGAUGUGAAUAACAAGAAGCCUGUAUUUGAUGUGAUGAAUUAUAACUUUAGUCUGGAUGAAGGCUUAACACACAAUAAUCAAAUGAAGGUUCAUGCUGUAGAUAAUGAUACAACAGCAAUUUAUCAAGAUGUCUUAUAUUCUAUAGUAGAUAAUACCAAUGACUUCUAUAUAGAUUCUGUUACUGGUUUAAUACAGUUUCAAACACCACCAGAUUAUGAUCCUCCAAACAACAAUACACUCUUUCACCUUACAGUUGGUGCUAGAGAUACUGGUCGUACAGAAGUAGAAACAACAGUUAAUGUUACAAUACAUAUAAACGAUGUCAAUGAUAACACACCUAUUUUUACAAACGAGUACCUUUGCAGUAUUUUAGAAGAUAAGCCAAUAAAUUCAAAAUUUGGUUGUCAGGUUCAAGCAACAGAUAUAGAUAGCAGGAAUAAUGGAGCUAUAGAAUAUUCUGUCAUUGAACCGGUUCCAUUCUCUGUUGAUAAAAGUAGUGGGGAGAUAAAAGUAAACGGAAGUCUGGACUAUGAAUUGGGACCAAGACAGUACACAAUGACAUUACAAGCUAUUGAUAAAGGCAUUCCUCCAAAAACAGGGUAA